UGUAGCGGUCGAAACGCCAUUUCCGACUGAAGUUCGGGACGUUUUCUUUCCCGUAGCGAUACAAAAUUCAUGAAGCUAUGUUCUCUUUCGGGAAAUUCAAGAAUCCAUUAGGAAAUGCGGAUGAUAUGAGAGAAGCUGCUUAUCGAGCUCACAACACUUACGGUCCGAAAGUGUGGUAUAAAAAAGCGAAAGCGUUUAUAUUUCGACAGAAAACGGGAGAAGAUACAGAAUCAUCUUCCACACCAUCGUCUGGACAAGAGGAAACCGUCAAGAAGCGUCUCGUCGUUCGGGAUUUUUCGGACACUCGUAAUCUUGGUAAGGAAGAAGCAAAACGAUUGGGUGAAGGAACUGCUCACAGUUUUGUCUUGAUUACUCGCUUUCUUUGGGGGCUCGGUAUGAUUCAAAUAUUUCACUUUUUGCUAACGUAUCAAACAAGAUGGGAUCCUAUUAAUGCUGCUCUUUGGUUUGGUUUUAUCGGAUUUUAUGUAGCAACAGCGAUGGCAUUUUCAAGAGCUGUUCGGGCAAUUGGGUUUCUCAUGUUACCUGUGUUCUGUACGUCUAGUGGCAGGGCUAUUCUCAUUUCCUACGCGAUGAUGAUGCUUCUUACUGGACCUAUAAACAAUAUUUCUCACAAUUACGGAGAAAUAUCCCGGUCUCUUACAUGUGGAAAUGAACUCGGAUUUAAUAUUACUCAAGGACUACGUACAAAAAUCCAGGAAAAACAAUUUGAAAUCCUCGAUACUAUGGACAACACGAUUGAUGUCAUUAUAAACGCAGUUGAGCGUGCUAAGGCGACAUAUGAAAAUGUUGCAGCAAAAUUGGAAAGCAUUGCAUCAGCCAUAAGAAAAAUUAACAAUUAUGUUGGCGUUGCUGCAGUAAUUUGUGAAAAAGACUCAGCUUCUUACAUCUGCAAUCUACCUGGCAAUAUUGCAAAAAAUAUGAAGAAACUUGUCACUGAUCCGGUCAAAAAUUCACUUCAAAUGAUGAGGCGACUGUUCUUUUUUGGUGUGCACUUUGACCACGAAUUUGAAUUUCACAUGAAUACAAGCAAAUCAGCAAAACAAAUACGCGAUGACAUACUCAAAGAAGUGAAAGGGAAAUUUGGAUAUAUAAAUGAUAUUUUAUAUUGGACAAGAUUCAUCACAAUCUUCAGUUCAUUCAUUGUGGUAGCCAAGGCUGCAAUGUAUAGGAAGAAAUAUUUGACGAGAAAUGAUUUCGACAAUUGUUACAUAACUGCUCAAUUCAAGCAUCUAGACAGAAAAUGCGCCAAACACGGUAGACCUGUUAUUCUGCCACUUCGCUACAAAGAAAGUAGGAAAUUUAUCAGCCCAAAGAGAUGUGCAAUGUCAAGAGCUGAAUUAAAGAAGUGUUUUCGAGGAUGGCUGUUCGUUACAUCUAAUCUUGUUUGGUCACUUUUUAUGAUGCUGAUUGAUUGGAGUUUAUACUCAAUGAUGGUUAUGGUUACUGGCACACUAAGUAUGAAGAGUACUUCGUUGGUUGAAGAUCUUAUGGCAGCCUCAGAAAAAUCAGAUGCUUUCUCAAGAAAUACGGAAAUGUUGGGGGCAUUUUUUACACUCAAUGUAUUUGGACGAGGUUUAGUACCGGCUAUUUACAGAGCCGUUGUCAGAGCUCUUCAACAGGUUACGAAAAAGGAAGGAUUGGAUAUCAACAUGGACAAAUGUUUGCCUCGACCAUCCGUUCCGGACUUUUUUUCAUAUCUUGUCAUAUAUUGCAUUCUUCAGACUUGCUAUAUUUUGGUUUAUAUUCAAGCUUAUAUGCUACGUUUGCGUAGAUACAUCAUGGCUAAAUAUUAUCCAGUUAGAGAAAGGAAUCGUAUCAUGUAUUUGAGGCGGAAAAUUUUAAACAAUAGAGGAAUUGGAAACGUUGAAGAUUUAAAGAGAACACUCAGAGAUGCGAGUGAUACUAUCGAAACGAAUCAAGCCAAGAAGAGAAAAACUUUGUACCAGAGAUUAAUAAUGUGGUCUAACCGUCGAGGGAUAAAGGGCAAAUUAGCUCGCCUACUGACUGGAAGAGACAAGCACAGGUGUACUUUAUGCAUGUUCUCUGGUUCUAGAAAUGACGAUGAUUUAUUUACUAAAUGUCAAAGACCGGGUUGUUCUAUUGAAUAUUGCAAACCUUGCUUUGAAGAUUUACACAGAAUUUGUCCUUCCUGUCUCAUGCGACAUAGUGAAGAAAAACAAAAAAUUCGACGACUUAGUCGCAUAUUAGGAAUAGAACCAGUUUCUUCAGAAAGGAAGGAGAAAGGUGAAUUUGGUGAUAUGGCUGAAGAUUUUGUUCCUUCAAGUGGGAUUUCGGAUUCCUCCGAUGAUGAAAAAAAGGGGAAAGAAGAACUGCUUGGGAACGAAGAGUACAUUGCAAAGUUGCAACAAGAGGCAAAUGAAAGGUUACAAGAGUUAAACAUUGCUAAUACGAAUAAUCAGGAUGCCGACAUCUCUCGUGUUAACGAAGGGGCUGGAACGUCUGGAUUAAAUCAGCAUAAUGCUUUACCUACUGUAGAAGAAGAAAUCGUGGACGCGACUCAAGCUACAGAAAACAUGGCUUGGUACAGCCCAAAACGGUCAAAAAGUGUCACGAAGAGAAUCAAACAGAAGGAUAGAAGUAAAGCACGGUACUCUGCGAAGUUAGCGCCGAAAAGGUCGCAAUCUGAAGAACGGGGUUUGCUCGAGGAUGACGAUUCUGACUAUGAAUAUGACUUCAGAUAAUACUCAAUGACAGCUCUAAAGAAGGCCCCGUCAACACGGUUGUAAAUUAUUUGAUUGCAAUAUGGAGAUUUAAAAAAUGAGGGUCAGAUUUUUGAAUAAUCAACAAUGACGAUUCACACAUGACUACAUAUUUAACGCUAGACAUUAUGCCAUUUCAAUACUGAAAUAACUUGAAACGAUCUUACU